AUGAUGUCCAACGAAGUUUACCUGCUGCCUCUCAACGACGACGGCUCUCCCCAAGUCGCCGGCGAGUAUGUUUACCUCGCCCCCAAGACGAACGACCCCGUAACCAUCCGCUUCACAAUUGAGGGCACCUCCUCCAUCUGUCGCCAUGGCAGUCUGUGGGUCAACAUUCCAGAAGAGGGCGCCGAGUUCCACAGAGACCAGUUCCGCGAGUUCAAACUCGUGCCCGAUUUCAAUCGCACAAUCGAAAUCUCCAUCCCCAUCUUCCAGGCCGGCGCAUACGCCUUCUACACCACCUAUGCAGAGCUGCCAGACCUCGCCGAGGAGCUGGACUCGAGCCCCCAGGCCCAAACCACCAACAAAAAGACCCCGCUCUACUACAUUGACGUCGCGCCGCGCCUCAGCCUCGAUGGCCGCCCUCUGCCCUUGCCAGCUCUGUCGAUUUUCUCCGUCAUCAGCAAGUUCAUGGGCAAGUACCCAGGCGACUGGGAGAAGCACCUGCGCGGCAUCAGCGACCGCGGUUACAACAUGAUCCACUUCACCCCGCUCCAGGUCCGCGGUGCUUCCAACUCCCCCUACAGCUUGUACGACCAAUUGGGCUGGGAUCCCGAAUGCUUCCCCGACGGUGAGAAGGACGUCCAGGGCUUGAUCACCAGCUUGGAGAAGCAAUACUCCAUGCUCAGCUUGACCGACAUUGUCCUCAACCACACGGCCCACAACAGCGCAUGGUUGCAGGACCACCCUGAGGCCGGUUACAAUCUUGUGACGGCACCCUGGCUGGAGUCUGCGUGGCUCUUGGACACGAAGCUGUUGGAGUUGAGCGAUAACCUGGGCAAGCUGGGUCUGCCCACAGAAGUCAAGUCUGACGAUGAUCUUAUCAAGAUCAUGGACGCCAUCAAGAAGCACGUCAUCUCAGAAAUUAGGCUGUGGGAGUACUACGCAAUCGAUGUCGAGCGCGAUGUCGAAGCUUCGCUGCAAGCCUGGGUUGCAGGCCAAACCAUCUUCCCCGAGGAAGCCGCCGGUGCGAGCGUCACUGGACUCAAGGACGCCCCGUUGAAGGAGCAGGCUGAGUUCCUCAUCAAGAACGGCCUUCAAGGCGGAGACCGCUUGGGCGGACGUUUCAGGAGAACUGUUGACCCCAAGGUCGCCUCAGGUCUUCUGUCCGCCAUCUUCGGAAGGUACGAGGGCGAGGAGGGCAGCUCUCCCAGACAGGCGGCGGCCAAAUCCAAGCUGGUUUCUGUCCUUGACGAAGUUAACCUACCAUUCUACAAGGAGUACGACGCCGAAGUCACCGAGAUCCUGCAACAGCUCUUCAACCGCAUCAAGUACUGCCGCAUGGACGAACACGGCCCUCGCAUGGGUGUCAUCAACAAGGAGAACCCUCUGAUCGAGACGUAUUUCACCCGCCUACCAAAGAAUGACACGACCGCAAAGAACAAGCCCGAGGAAAAUGUUCUUGUGAAUAAUGGAUGGGUGUGGGGAGGAAAUGCUCUUGUGGAUAAUGCUGGUCCUGAUUCACGCGUCUACCUGCGCCGCGAGGUCAUCGUCUGGGGUGACUGCGUCAAGCUUCGUUAUGGCAGCGGCCCUUCUGACAGUCCUUUCCUAUGGGAGUACAUGACCAAGUACGCUCGCAUGCUGGCCAAGUACUUUGCCGGUUUCCGAAUCGACAAUUGCCACUCCACUCCGAUCCACGUAGCCGAACAUGUCCUGGACGAGGCUCGUCGCGUCAGGCCCGACUUGUACGUCGUCGCAGAGCUCUUCACAGGCUCCGAGGAGAUGGACCAUGUCUUUGUCAAGAGACUGGGCUUGAGCGCCCUCAUUCGUGAAGCCAUGCAGGCGUGGAGCACUGGUGAGCUGAGUCGCUUGGUACACAAGCACGGUGGCCGGCCUAUCGGCAGCUUUGAAGUCGACGAAGUUUCACGCCCUGACGGAAAGUCUCCCAUGAGUCCUAUGAGCCCCUCUCAAGAGGGUAGCGAUAUGCUUAACGGGAACCCGUCCUCACGAGAAAUCAUCAGGAGGAUCAAGCCAGUACCAGUCCAAGCUCUCUUCAUGGACUGCACCCACGACAACGAGACUCCAGCCCAGAAGCGUGACGCUCGCGACACUCUUCCCAAUGCUGCCCUUGUAAACAUGUGCGCUAGCGCCACCGGCAGUGUCAUGGGCUACGAUGAGAUCUACCCCAAGCUCGUCGACCUUGUCAACGAGACCAGACUUUACACCUCAGAAUCAUCUUCCAAGCCUGUUAAGAUCGGCGGCGGCGGAAACGGCAUUGGUGGUAUCAAGAAGCUUCUCAACCAGAUCCACACUCUGAUGGGCAAGGAUGGCUAUGACGAAACUCACAUCCACCACGAGGAUCAGUACAUCACUGUUCACAGAGUUCACCCCGAUUCACGAAAAGGUUAUUUCCUCAUUGCCCACACGGCGUUCCCUGGGUACGGCAACGGUAAUGGUGCUUUCAAUGCUGUCCACCUUGGCGGGACGAGGGCUCGACACCUCGGAAGCUGGAUGCUCGAGGUAGAUGCCAGCGACGAAGCCAAGAAGGAGGUCUUGGAGGACAAGAAGCUCCUUCGCGGUCUUCCCAGCCGUGUCGUUGACGUCCCGGGCAUUCGCAUGGAGGUCAAGGGUGACGAGACCAUCAUUGCCGUUCGCGACAAGUUCCCGCCUGGCAGUAUCGCACUUUUCGAGACGUGGAUUCCCACAGCGGAGCACUCCGCAGGUCUCGACACCUAUGUCACCUCCGGUGCGAAAACAGCAGUUGAGAGCUUGAACCUUGUUGACCUCAACUUCUUGCUCUACCGAUGCGAGGCCGAGGAGCGCGAUGGCAGUGGUGGCAAGGACGGCUGCUACGAAAUUCCAGGUUAUGGAAAGCUUGUGUACGCUGGUAUCCAGGGCUGGUGGAGUCUACUGAAGGACAUCAUCAGAGACAACAACCUGGCACACCCGCUCUGCCAGAACCUCCGUGAUGGUCAGUGGGCAUUGGACUUCACCGCUGGACGACUGGAACGUGCUAGCCAGACGCCUGAAUUCGAGCGUCUCGGCAAGCCCGCUGCCUGGCUGAAGGACCGCUUCGACGCCAUUCGUAAGAUCCCUAGCUUCUUGCUGCCGAGAUACUUUGGCCUCGUGAUGCGAACGUUGUACAUGGCCGCCUGGGAGCGCGGCCUCGAGCAGAUGAACGGCAAUGUUCGCGAAGGACAGUGGUUCCUUCAGAGCCUCGCCAUGGUCAGCGCACAGCAAACGGGCUUGGUCAAGUCCGGUUCCCUCUGGCCAAAGAAGUUGGUCCCGUCAUUGGCUGCUGGUCUUCCCCACUUUGCUGUGGAGUGGGCAAGAUGCUGGGGUCGCGAUGUGUUCAUCUCCCUCCGCGGUCUCUACCUCGGCACUGGCCGCUUCGACGAGGCGAAAGAGCACAUCUUUGCUUUCGCCAGUGUCCUGAAGCAUGGUAUGAUCCCCAACUUGCUCAGCAGUGGUGCUCUGCCUAGAUACAACUCUCGUGACUCAAUCUGGUUCUUCCUUCAGUGCAUCCAGGAUUACACCAAGUUCGCUCCAGAUGGCUUGGACCUUCUGAAGGAGAAGGUCAAGAGACGCUUCUUGCCCUACGAUGACACUUGGUUUGACGUUGAAGAUUCUCGGGCCUACUCUCAGGAGAGCACGAUCGAAGAUGUCAUUCAAGAAGCAUUGCAGAGACAUGCCUCUGGCAUGUCCUUCCGCGAAGCCAACGCUGGUCCUUCUAUCGACUCGCAAAUGAGUGACGAGGGCUUCAACAUCUCCAUCAACGUCGACUGGAACACCGGCAUCGUCUUUGGAGGCAACCAGCACAACUGCGGAACAUGGAUGGACAAGAUGGGUGAAAGCCCGCGUGCCGGUUCCAAGGGAGUUCCCGGCACACCUCGUGACGGUGCUGCCGUUGAAAUCACUGGCCUCCUGUACAGCACGUUGAAGUGGGUUGCUUCACUAAACUCGGAGGGCAAGUUCCAGUACUCCUCCGUGAAGAAGGCAGACGACUCGUCCAUCUCGUUCAAGGAUUGGGCUGAACUCAUCCGCGCCAACUUUGAGCGCUGCUACUAUGUCCCUGUUUCGCCUGAGGAGGACUCCAACUACGACGUCAACAGCAAGAUCGUCAACAGACGUGGUAUCUACAAGGACUUGUACAAGUCCGGCAAGGAGUAUGAGGACUACCAGCUGCGCCCCAACUUCCCGAUUGCCAUGUGCGCCGCCCCCGAGUUGUUCGAUCCCAAGCAUGCCUUGCAUGCUCUUUGCGUUGCUGAUUCUGUCCUCCGAGGCCCCACCGGCAUGGCAACUCUGGACCCUGCCGACCUGAACUACAGGCCGUACUACCGCAACAGUGAGGACAGCGACGACUUCGCCACAAGCAAGGGACGGAACUACCACCAAGGUCCCGAGUGGCUCUGGCCGACUGGUUUCUUCCUCCGAGCCUUGUUGAAGUUCGAUCUGGCGAGAAGGAGCUCCGAUGCCGACCGCAUCGAGGCGUUCCAGCAAGUCACCCGGAGACUUAUGGGAUGCAAGAAGAUGAUCAAGGAAAGCGCCUGGGCGGGUCUGACAGAGUUGACGCAGAAGAACGGAGAGGACUGCCCUGAUUCGAGUCCCACACAAGCUUGGUCCGCCGGUUGUCUGAUUGACCUUUACAUGGACGCGGCCGAGGAACAGAGCGACAAGUCGAAGAUUGCCUUGCCUACGAGAUUCAAAUCUCGCAACUUCAACUCCAACUCCUACACUUACAACCCCUCUACCGAUUUCGACAGCCUACUCUUCCAGACCAUAUCCUCCACCACCCUCCAAACCCUUCAAAAUGCAGUUCAAGCCAUCAUCGCCGCCAUCGCCGGCUUCGUCGCUGCCGCCCCCGCCGCUGAGUCUCACGUCAGUGCGGUCAACGCCGAGGACAAGGACCUCCUGAUCAAGCUCGCCACCCAGUACGGCGCGGCCUCCGUCACGGGACCUGACAUCGAGGCCCGCGACAACACCGUCGUUCGCCGCGCGUGCGGUUACGAGAGCUGGGGCGUCUGCACCACCGUCGAGAACGUCGCCUGCGCGUUCCGCUGCGGCGGCAAGUACUCUUGCCUUCUCGGGUGCCCCCAGGAGUCUUACGCCUACUGCGACUGGCUUGGAUGCUAA